AUGAUAUGGAACACAGUUAGAUUUGAUGAUAAUGACUGCAGUACCCUGUUGUAUAUGAAUUCUCUCAUUAGAACCCUCUACAAGGUGAUUUCUAAGGUUCUUAGAAACAGAAAUAAAAAAGUGAUUGGCAUGGUUAUAUUAGAGCAUCAGACGACUUUCAUAGUAGGUAGACAGAUUUUGGACGGGAUAUUGAUUGCUAAUGAAUUGGUGGAUGAGGCUAAAAGAAGGAAAAAAGAAUUGCUAAUGUUUAAAGUCGAUUUCGAAAAAGUCUAUGACUCGGUGGAUUCGAAAUUUAUUGAUCACGUGAUGGGAAAGAUGGGGUUCCAUGAUAAGUGGAGGAGGUGGAUUGCUGAGUGCCUUAAAACAUCAUCAGCGCUAGUGCUCGUUAACGGCAGUCCGAUUAAGGAAAUGAGAAUGGAGUGA